AUGAAUAACAUUCUAGAAAAUAAUGAAGAUUUACAUGAAGAGUUUAAAACUCUUUUAGUUAAAAUUGAACCAUACUUUGUCAAGUUAAAAUCAAACCUCGAAAAAUUAUUAUGCCGAGAAUGGUUACACAAGUUGUUCAAAACUGGUAAACACGAGGAAUCACUUAGAAAUGCUUACCUAACCAAAUUAUUUGAUCAACUAGUAAAAGGAGAAUUAAAAGAACCGUUUAACAAUCUUCCUAAACACAGAUCGCCUUUGUUACCUUUACGUAGUGUAUCUAAGCCGAAUAUUUAUGUUCGUGAUAAAAAACCGAUAAAAAAAGUAGAGGAAACUUUUAUUAAGGAUGUGGUAAAUGUUCACAAAACUGCUGAUGCUCCCAAAUCCACGAAAAAUCAUGUCCAUACUAAAGAAAUCAAAUUGUUCGGUAAUAUUUGUGAUCAAAAUACGAUAAAAAAAGUAGAGGAAACUUUGAUUACGGAUGAGGUAAAUGUUCACAAGUCUGUUGAUGCUCACAAAUCCACGGAGAUUCAUGUACCUACUAAAGAAAUCAAAUUGUUCGGUAAUGUUUGUGAUAAAAAUACGAUAAAAAAAGUAGAGGAAACUAUGAUUACGGAUGAGGUAAAUGUUCACAAGACUAUUGAUGCUCCCACAUCCACGGAAAAUCAUGUACCUACUAAUGAAAUUAAAAUGUUGGUUGAUGUUCAUGAUCGUAAUACGAUAAAAAAAGAAGAGGACACUUUGAUAACGGAUGUGGUAAAUAUUCACAAGACUGUUGAUGCUCCCACAUCCACGGAAAAUCAUUUACCUACUAAUGAAAUCAAAAUGGUCGUUGACGUUCAUGACCGUAAUACGAUAGAAAAAGAAGAGGAAACUUUGAUUACGGAUGAGUUAAAUGUCCAAAAGACUGUUGAUGCUCCCAAAUCCAUGGAAAAUCAUGUACAUACUAAUGAAAUCAAAAUGAAUGCAAAUUCCAAUCAAGCAAACCAAUUGAAUGUCAAUGAAAUUGCAGAUGAUUCAAAAGAAGUACAGUGGCAAAAACCGACAGUAGAUGAAAGUGAAGGCGGUGAUGGACUCACAUUAAAUGUAGAAACUAAAUUAAAAUUAGGAUCUGUAGAAAAAUUGUCCAAUGAAUUAAAGAAAAAAAGCGACCUUCUAGCGGAACAAGUUCAGGAAAUGAAGCUGUACACCGAUACAAUGCUAAUUAACGACAAUCAAAUAACUGUACUUAAUACAGAGUUGAACAAAUGUCAAAACGACAUGAAAAAUAUGUGCGAUCGGGAAGCGGCUGAUGAACUGUGUACAUCAAACUUACUUAAAGAUGUUUUGGAGAAAACCACUGUACUAGACAACAAAAUUGUAUCAGCAAUGGAUCGUUUAAAAACAAUAGUCGAGGACGCGUGUGCGAGUAAAAAAAUUAAUAACUUUGUUAUCGAGCAAUUAAAAGAACAACACCGCUUGAAAAUGGACGAAAAAGAGAAAUUCCAUGCCGUGCUGAAUAAGAAAUUAAUGGUCGAAAUCUCCCAACUAAAGGAGUACGUGGGUAAAGUCGAAGAAGAAGCCAUGAGUAAACAACUUAACAACGAAAAUUAUUAUGAUUGCGAUUAUGGCGAUUAUAGCAGUACAUGA